CAGUGCGGCUGCGCGCCGGGCUGCUUGGGCUGCGAGGCUUCCGUAGGAGCGGCGGCGAGGGGCUGCUUCGCUCCCGGCCGGCGUCUGAGGCGAAGGCGCCAUGGACGUCGUCAAGGCCGAGAUCGAGCGGAAGCGGAAGCUGCUGGAGGAGAAGGAGCUGCUCGGGGUAAGCGGGGCCCGGGGCUCCUCCUGCCGGGGCCCCAGAGGGCGGCGCGGGGCCUCCUCCCGGAGCGCGGCGGCUUUUGCCUGGCUCUGCGGGCUCUGCGGGGGAGCCUCUCGCUCGGUCUCGCCGGUGUUUCUGGCGCCCCCGGGGGGGGGGGCACAAAGGCCAGACCCGAAAGGCCGGCGAGUGGGAUGAGCUUCCCCGAAAGACGGCUGGUCCCCCGCCGCGCGCCGCCCCCAUAAUCUGCCACAGCAAGAGACGGUUCUUCAGGCAUGGAAGACAUUUCCCUCCUGGCUCGAGUCGGGGCCGCCUGCUCCUUCCUUCGGGCUGCCCAGGAGCGAAGCUCUGCCCGCCCCAGCCUGGCUAUGGGGCUGCCGGGGCUUUUCAGUGCCCGGAAGCCAGCAGCUGUCUCUGGAUAUGCCCUGGGACCAUAUGGGAAGAAUGUGCUGGUGGCCUUUUUAUAUUCACGUCACUGUAUAUUAGAUGAGAAGCCCUUUCCCCCCUCAGUGUGCUAGUUGGUACUGGUUCCUGUUAACUAUCAUUGAGCUGUUAUGAAUCUGACAGCCCAUCCCAUUGUGCUUCACAUGACUGAAAGAAGAAUGGUUAGUUGUUUAUGAAACAUCACAAUGUAGUAACUACUUUCCUUUCUUUCAGGGAAAUAAAAAAUACUUUAAGCGUAGUGAGUUGGCCAAGAAGGAAGAAGAGGCAUAUUUUGAAAGAUGUGGUUGCAAGGUAAUGUGAAAGCAGUAAUGGUAGUGAUUCUGGUUAGCUGAGCAGUGUCUGCUUAAUCAUAGUUUAAAAUGUAUUAAUAGAUUAGUAGGAAAUACACUGAUUGCAGCAUGGUUAUUAGUGACUAAAAAUGGGAAGAAUCAAGAACCCCUACUCAAAGAGGCAGGGAAAAGAAAUAUAUGGUGUCAGAUCUUAAUACGUUAAAUAAAAUAACUUAUAACGGGCAUGCAACUAAGAGAUUUUUGGAAUGUUGGCAUAAAUUUCUACAGUUCUAGAAUCUGGAUAAAGAAAGUAUCAAAACGUUUGUGUGUGAGAGAGAUUAGAGUUACUUUAAACAGUUACAAUAUGAUGGCUAGGAAAAAUUACGAAUAGGUGUGUUAAAAAUAAUCAAAUGAAUGGUGAAUGCUGUGUUUAUAUUUCCUCUAUCCUUUUUAUUAUUUAAUUUAAUAAAAAAUGAAUAAUUCUUUGUUCACUCUAUCACUGUUGCACUUUAGCCUGUAAACGAGAAGCCACCAGGAGAGGUAGGAGUUUCCAAGAAAAGUUUGCAAUGCAGGAAGAGGCAUGCAUGAAUAUGCAGCUAUUUGAAUUUGUGUUUAUAGUUUGGCUUCUGUGGAGGGCAUGAGGCUGCUUGAGAAUAAAGCUUUUCUUUUUAAGUUGUGCUCCAGCAGGCAUGUACCCUGGAUCUGAUAUAACCAACCCUUUUGUAAAGCAAAGUAGAGGCUGCUAAUUUCUAGAUGCUGGCUCCAUUGUGGGGUGAGGGGUAUGUGUGGCCUGAAUGCGUAAAAGAUGUAUACCUUCCUUUCUUAGGCUGUAAUCCUAAUCCUGUUUACCUAUGAAUAAAUCCCAUUGAAUUUAAUAGAUUUUAACUUCUGAGUUGACAUGGUUAGCCUCGACCUGUUAGCCAAGAAUGUCCACUUCUUGAAAGGCUAUGAAAUGCAGCUUGCAUUUCUUGUUGUUUAGUUGGGGUGAAAUAAUAACUAAACUCAUACGUAAGACACAUCAUGACAAAUAAGUCACCUGGAAGGCCUUUGCUCUUCUUUCCACCUCACUUUGAUUGUAUCAAAGCAGUUUGGAUGUGAGGAUUGUAGCGUGGAAAUUUAGUAAUGGGAAGUAAUAGAACUAAAUAAUUGCCAAUUUGCUGCCUUUCUUUUGGUAUCCCAAAAUCUGCUGCCUAAAGCAGGCCCAGUUUAUCCGGUCUCAUUAUGGUUGGUCAUAAUCUGAUAUAUCCCAUAGUAUCCUACAGUAUCCUGUAGUGUCAGGCCUAUAUAUAUAUAUUUCACAAGUCAUUAAGCCUAUUAAAAUCAAGUUUCUUUUAGACAGAAUUAUUAGCAGUAUUCAAUUUAACAUAUUUCAAAUAUGCUGUGGAACUUAGCUUGUAUGAAGUAGGAUUGCUGGGAUAGUUCAGUCCAGUAGAGCAUGAGACUCUUAAUCUCAGAGUCGUGGGUUCAAGCCCCUUGUUGGGCAAAAUAUUCCUGCAUUGCACUAAAUGACUGUUAGGAUCCCUUCCAACUCUAUGAUUCUAUGGUAUUUUAUGUUGUUAUUUUUAUUUCCUUUGCAACAUCUAUGAAAAGAUAGGGUUUAUAACUUCUGUUAGAAGGAGGAGUGUUAUGACUUAUAUCAUCCAUCAUCAUUGGACUUAUGAUGAAAGCUGGUGGGGCCAGGACUUAAUGAGAUACCGUAUUGUGCACAAGCCUAUACAGUGGUGCCCCGCAAGACGAAUGCCUCGCAAGACGAAAAACUCGCUAGACGAAAGGGUUUUCCGUUUUUUGAGUCGUUCCGCAAGACAAAUUUCCCUAUGGGCUUGCUUCGCAAGACGAAACGUCUUGCGAGUUCUUGCGAGUUUGUUUCCUUUUUCUUAAAGCCGCUAAUAGCCACUAAGCCGCUAAUAGCCGUGCUUCGCAAGACGAAAAAACCGCAAGACAAAGAGACUCGCGGAACGGAUUAAUUUCGUCUUGCGAGGCACCACUGUAGCUGCAGGAGUGAAAUGGAGUGCCGUGGCGGAAUAAUUUUGGAGUGAGGAAGGAGGCAGAAUGUGUGGAGGGAGCCUGCCAGAGAGGGUGCUUUUCUUUUAUAAUAGAAAAAGCUGCUGGUACUCACCAUGAAGUUGUUACAGUAAUUGCCACACUUUUAACAUUUGGAAAAAAAGGUGCCAGUACUGCAUUCCCUUGAGUAUUCCCAGAAAAGAGCACUGGCUUGUGUAUAACUAUGAAGGAAAGCAUUUCUGUUAUUUUCUGGCUGUCACUACAGUUUUACUAACUUACAUGGCAAUAAUAUCAAGUAGCUGUGUAAUUUCUCGUUUGACCUGGUUGCUUAUGUCCCACUUAGAGAAACUUGGUUAAAAUAUUAGGAGUGUGGAUGGAGCCAGUUGCUUUUCAAAUAAACAAAACUAGGAGACAUUUUAGCUCACCAAGAGCCUCCCAGAUCUCUGCAUUUCAUUGAAAUGUUGUUAGUGUGUUUAAAACAAAGCAAAAAACUCUGACAUUUUGCAAAUGAAGGUGCAUUUGCUAAAGUCCUGAAAGUACUUUUAUUUUAUUUUAUUUGGUGCAGACAUUGCUUGUAACAAUCCCACUGGUAAAAUGGCUUAAAUCUUCUUUUUUUCCUGUCUGGGUAUUAACUCCUUUAUUAUCAUAACCAACUUCUUUUUCACAGCUAUUUGGGUGUAUGAUAAUGCAUUUUAAAAUACUGUUUUAUACAAUGAACUUAGGGCUGCUAUUCUGUAAAAAUCACUGUAAUUUUUGCUUACUACUUAAAUGGUCCCAGAUGUGCACUGUGGAGCUUCCCCUGAGGAAUGGAGAUAUGCUUGAAUGGCAUUCUGCAUUGAUAGGUGAAAUUGUCACCUGUGUCUAUGGUAGAGAACGGCUGAUAACACACUUCUUGAAAGUAUGAGACAUUUCAACCAGGGUAUAAUAGUUUGCACAGAAAAAUAUUGUUAUUGUUAUUACCCACCAUUCACCCUCAUGUCAUAGGCCAGGUUAAAAAGGUAAAGGGACCCCUGACCAUUAGGUCCAGUCGUGGCCUCCAAAUCACAAUUGGAAACCAUAGUUUUCAGUUACUGUAUAUUGUUGUCUAGUUGUUGUAUGUAGUAAACAUAGUUCUCCUUUUGCCCAUUUUCUGAGUGGCUGAUGAGUUAUGCAUAUCACCAUGAUAGUUUCAAUGUACUGAAUACCAUAUUGACUAUAUGUAGCAGGUUUCUCUUCACAAAAACGCUAGCUUUGUUUUGUCUGAAAUUAUAAUUAUUUCCAUACUUUGUGGAGUGGAGAACUGAGGAAUGCUUGCAGCCUAUAGUUUAUCUAUAUGUAACUUCCGUAGACAGGGCAAAGCGAAUUCUAAAUUAUUUUAUAUUACUGGCACGUCUUAGAGUUACGGUCAGGUUUUUGCAUGUCGGCUGUGCUGUGUAGUGCUAAUAGCUGCUCUUAGAAGCAAUCAGUGUUCCUGGAAGUUUAGACUUUUUCUGUGCCCAUAUUUAAAACUGAUUAUGUUAUGUUCCUUGUCUCUACCUAGGUUCAGCAGGAAGAGGAAGAGGAGGAGAAGACAGUAACUGCAUCAAAUCCAGUAUUGGAACUAGAGUUGGCAGAGGAGAAGUUGCCUAUGACUCUUUCUAGACAAGAGGUAAAGACAAAUAUAUGGAGCUGGCAAUAUGCAGAUAAUUGUUUUGCCUUUACCAGAUUAACAAAUCUGCAGGGUAUUUAUAUUUUACUGUGUGAAAUUAUAGUUAUCAUGAAUUAACUAUAUGCCCAUGAAGUUGUACAAGAGACCAGGGAAUCAGCUAGCUAAAUAUAUGAGUAUAUUCAUCAGACUAGCUUUUCAGGCAGCAAAAAUUUCACAUCAGUAACUUGUACUUUACUGAUUUACCUGUAGCCAGUGCAGACAUAAUGAUGGCUUACUCUUAACUGCAGGUAGGUAAGAGAUCAGGAGUUCUCCCUCACUCUCUUCCUACCCUUUUGAGAGUGAUUUUCCUAUUACCAUACCAUGCAUUUACAAGGAUAUCACUGUUUGAUGCCUAAUGUUAGAGAUGCUUAGAGCAGACCCAUUGAAAUAAAUGUUCUUAACACAUUGAUUUCAGUGGGUCUGCUAAGAGUGAAGUUUGGAUCCCUUUCGGAGCUUGAAGUAUGGGUACCCCCAACAAAAUUUUAAAAAUCUGGCUGUAUAAUUUGGAACUAAUGUGAUUUGGAAUUAAUGUGAUUUGAUAGGCCUGUUAAUAAAAAUUAUAUUUAAAAAAAAAGAUUUCAGUGGGUUUGCUGAGUAUGUCAGACAUUUGUUAAUCAUGAUUAAGUCUCAACAGGCUUCCUGUUGAAUUAGGAUUUUAAGACAAUAUUAAACUGUUUUCAAAUCCUGAUUGAAAUAAAUAUUCCAAGCUAUAGACAUAUUCCUCAGUUGUUGUAAAAUUGGAAAGCUCAAUCUAGAAAGAGGAUGGAAGCUGUGUUACAUCUGUCCCAACCCUUCAAGCGUUCCUGGGCUACAACUAGCAUGAUUCCUGACUGCUGGUUAUGCUGGUUGGGGCAGACGUAGCCCAACAGUAUACGGAGGGCACCACAUAGGUAACCCCCAACCUAGUUCAUUGGAGAUAAUGUAUUAAUUUCCAUCCACAUUUCAGACAUUUAUAUGUAUGUAUUGCCCCCAAAUGUAGCCUAAAUGUCUCCAACUUAACGUGGCUUAGGAACUCCUGUUAUUCAUCACAGAAUUCUACUCACGUAUGCGCCAUAGAUCAGAGGAGCAAUUUUUGUAAUUAUAUUUAGCUAAAGCGAGAUGUGCACCGCAACCCCAGAGUCGGCCAUGACUGGACCUAAUGGUCACGGGUCCCUUUACCCUUAAACAGCUGCCACUAGUCAUCAUUAGGUAUGCUGCUGCCCAUUCUGUGCUCUUUAGCAAGGAACGAUAAAUUUCGUGAAAAUAAGCAAGCACAGUGCUUGAGUUGUAAUACCCUGUGGGGAUGUGAAUGGGUUGUUUGUUCUGUUUUCUUCAUUUGUUUAAAAGAAACACUUGACUUUUUCCAGGUCAUGAGGAGAUUGAGAGAAAGGGGUGAACCUAUCAGACUUUUUGGAGAAACAGAUUAUGAUGCCUUUCAGAGGCUGCGAAAGAUAGAAAUUCUAGCGCCAGAAGUCAACAAGGUAAAUCUGUGCAUAAGCAUAAGAGAGAUCAUUUAAAGGGCUGUCCCUGUGCAAAACUGGUGCACCUGUAACAUUAUAGCCAUGGAUAUCCUGCUUCUUGUGCCCCUACCUGUGUAUAUACUUCAUAAAUAUAUAAUGUUAUAAUCCCACAUAGAGGGACACAGAAAGUGCCUUCUGUCAUCUUGACUUCUGUCAAGUGCCUUCUAUCAACUUAUUACUACACUUUAGUGUUGUAAGUAAUGGUUUGGAUUUACAGAUAACCUCAGUUGUAAGCUUUUUGUUGUUUAGAGGACAAAUUUAGAAGUCACAACUUAUGUAUGUUACUGUAGUGAGACUUGGGAUCAGUUCAUGCAUUUAUCAGCUUCAGAGAAAGAGAACUGCCACCACUCAAAUUGUGGCUGCUUGUGUGAAUGACACUUCCUUUACUAUUGGGCCCAGUAUGCCCUUAGAGAUGUCUGUGUAGGAUUCUCCAAUGAUAUGAACUCUCUCUUAAUGCUAAAUCAUGAUUAUACAAUUUUUAUUAUUUAUUAUUUAUUAAAUUUCUAUUCUGCCUUUCAUCCAAGGAUCACAAGGCGGUUUACAACAUUAAAACACAAAAAUACAUAUAGUAACAAAUAAAAGCAAUGCUCCCACAGUAUUGUUAUUUAUGAUAUUAUUUAUUAAUGUUUAAAACAACUCAUAGGAUUAUGUAGUAUGAUGCCAUGAUACUCAAAGUCUGUAUAUAAAAAAUUGUAAGAUACUUAAACAUAUUUUUUCAGGGCUUCAAUUAUGACAGUUCCUAGGAUAACUCUGCAUACUCUCAGCUGUUGUUUUCAUUUCCAUAGGGAUUAAGGAAUGACCUGAAGGCUGCUUUGGAUAAGAUUGACCAGCAGUAUCUGAAUGAAAUUGUGGGUGGGCAGGAACAGGGAGAGGAUGAUACACAGAAUGAUCUCAAAGUCCAUGAAGAGAACACAACAAUUGAAGAAUUGGAGGUAUUAUAUUAUUUUUUACUGUUUUCAAAUUGUGACCAAGGCACCAUGCUGGUAAAUAAAUUCUGCACCAAGAGAAGAUGGAUUCUGCUACUUGCAAAAAGAAUGCAGAUUGAGAAAAUGUGCAUAAUUCUCAUUUGUAUAAUUUUACAAGUUUUAUAAUUUCCUACUAAUUUAUUUAGACAAGAGACAAUUGGGCUGCAGAAAUUUCUGCAAGAGUUGUCCAUAGUGGUUAAACUGCAUGGAGGCUGGCAGAAACCUGCACCCCCUCCAUUGCCUUUUUAAUGACUCCCUUACUUGCUCUUUUUAAGAAGCCAGUUGGGGAGGGCAUAAUUUGUCUAAAAUGUGAAGGGGACUGUCAUGGAGAGGCUUUUGAAUUUUAUUAUGGGUUCCCCCAUAUGCUUGCUGCUAUGAUGGCUUGAAAUGUGCUCUCUACCUGAGACAGUCUCUUCCUAAGGAAGCCGGAACUUGGAGACUUCUAUCACAUCUCCCCUUAAUUUCCUUUUCUCUACGCUAAACAAACUGCUCCUUCAGUUGUUUCUCAUAGGACGUGUUUUCCUCACCCAUCAACAUCUUGGCCACCCUCCUCUGGCCACCCUCUAGUUUAUCAGUGUAUUUUAGCAUGGCACCAAUAACUGGGUGCACUACUCUUCAGCUGCAUAGACUAGAGUGGAACUCUAUUCCUUGUGAUCCGAACACUCAUGCUUCUGUUAACGCCACUUAAAAAUUACAUUAACUUCUUAUAAAGAGCCACACCACACUGCCCUGUUCAUGUUCAGAUUGCAAUCAACUCGGACACCUGUAUCAUCAUCAUCAUCCUUUUUAUUUGACCGUCAGUCAGAAAAAAAUACAUUUUAUCAAUACACAGUUAAAACAUCCAGGAAGAUUUUAAAACUUAGCCAACACUAAAAUGGGCUAAACAGAUAGCCCCAUAUCAAUACAGUCAAUUAUGGUCUUGCGACGCUUAAAAGCUAAAAAGAGAAAUUUGGCCACCAAGGAAGGUAUAGCUCUAGUGGCAUUAUUCAGCAAGUGUAAAACCUGGAUUUCUCCGGGAAGGAAGCUGAAAUGACAUAGGAGUGGGUCUAUAAAAUUUUGUCUAAGCUCUGCAUAAGAAGGGCAGGUCAAGAGAAUAUGUUCAGUGGACUCAACCACACCCAUGGCACAAUGACAGGUUCUCUGGGCGUAUGGUACCCCCCUGUACCUUCCCCACAAUAUCGCAGAGUCAAGGACAUUUAAUCUAGCCACUGUAAGAAGUCUACGGUAUUCCACAUAAUGGAUUUCUGCAAGGUAGGGGGCUGGUAUGGUCCGAUAAAUCUGGUCCCCUAGGAACAUCCCUGGUUUUACCUGGGCUAUGUCCUCUUGUCUGGCAAUGUCACUCAGUCUCCGGGAGAUCACAGCUCUAGCUUGAUUGUACGUCAUAGACUCAAAGUAGAGGUGAGACAAUCCGCAGGAUUGAACCUCAUUAAUGGCCUCCUUUCCCACGAUGAUUGGAAAUCAUCCCUCAAUAUCAAGGGGCAAUACCCACUGGUUUAAAACAAAGCUUGAGCCAUAGCCAGAGCUUCGUCUUCAAGGCCACAUACCGUAGAGCUUGCCAGCCGACCUCUAAUCUCAUAACCGCACCCGCUACCGAGGGGGGAAUCUUGAGGAUGGCUCUAAGGAAUCUCGUUUGGAUAGAAUCCAGUUUCAAACAAUCCCUACGGGAGCCUAACGAGAUGCCCACCAAGAGAAGGGGAGGACUUUCAUUUGAAAGAGUCUCAAAGCUAUCUUCACUGAUUGAGCCUGAUUCUUAGCAUAUAGAGAUCUAAUCUGGAUGGCUGCUUUAGAUGCGUUAGUUGUUAUAUAGUCUCUAUGGGCCAGAAAAGACCUAUUUGACCGGACACCUGUAUGUUUUUAAUGCUAAGCCAGGUCUUCCCCAUCUUAAACUUCUGUCCUUUUUGUACCUGUUUACAGGACUUAACAUUUAUCUCUACUUUCAUCAUGUUGGCCCAGUGUUGCAACCUUUCAAGGUCAUUCUGAAUCUUGAUUCUCUGUUCUUUGAUAUUAGAUCUACUCAGCUUCAUGUGAUCUGCAGUUUUUAUAAGCAUACCAACUAUGCCAGGCAUCCCCAAACUCUGCCCUCCAGCUGUUUUGGGACUACCAACUCCCAUCAUCCCUAGCUAACAGGACCAGUGGUCAGGGAUAAUGGGAGUUGUAGUCCCAAAACAGCUGGAGGGCCGAGUUUGGGAAUGCCUGCACUAUGCCCUCAGCCUAGUCAUUUAUAAAAAAUGUUUGAAUAGCACAGGAACCAAGGCUAGGGCCUUGUAGCAAUCCUCUUGAGACUUCUUGCCAUUAAAGGAGCACCUGCUGAUUAUGGUUGCUCACUGAACAGUAGAAUUGACCAGCCCAUAUUUAUCAUUUUGUGAAUAAGAAUAUCACGGGAGACUUGAUCAGAGGCUUUGCUGAAAUCAAGAUACACUGUGUCCAUGGCAUUGCCAUGAACUACCAAAAAAGGGUAAGGUUUAUGUGGAUGAUUUAUUCUAGAUUAAACACAUGAUGAAUGAUAAUCAGUGCAUUGUUUUCAAAUGUUUAUGGACACUUAAUAAUCUGUUGGGUAUCAGUGUUAAGUUGAGUGGCCGGAUCCAACUCCCCCCCCCCGCCCCAUUUUGGAAGAUAGGGGCAAUAUUUACCCAACUCCAGUCUUACAGAACCUCAUCUGUUUCCCAGCAAUUCACAAAGAUUACAGUAACUGUCUCUGAAAUAAAACCUACAAGUUUCUUCAACAGCUUGCAGUAUAAUUUAUCUGGCCCAUGGGACUUGAACUCACCUAUAGCAGUGUCCCUGGGCUGCCUCACCUCAUACCAUUUGUUCUACUUUCCCCAGUUUGAAUACAAUUCCACUUAGGGGCCACUGAAACAAAAUUGGAAUUGAGUGGUUCUGUCUUCUGUCCAUCACCUGUCAUUAAUUUCUUCAUCUUCUCCAAGCAGCUUCUGGCUCUGAACAUAUCCAGUGAAUCCUUAUAUUUUUGUUUUUAGCAUCCCUUGCAAGCUUUUGCUUCUUCCAGGCUUCAGCCUUGCUGAAACCAUCUUUACAGGUUUGGGAUCCUCCAUCAAACUUGUCCUUCCUCAUAUGUGCCUCCCUCUGUCUCCUGGCUGUGUCUUUUUAAAGUCUCUGCUGAUUGGAGAGCUCUUUGUGCAUUCACUGGCCUCUUUGGAUGUCUCCUGUUUUCUCACUGGAAUGGUUUGCGACUGUUUUUCACUAUUUCCACAUUUGAAAAUCUCCCAUUCCACUUGUGCUCUUUUUUUCUUAUUCAGAAUUUCUAGUCAUGGAAUUCUAUGGCUUCCUAAAGCUGUCUUUCCUUAAAGCCCAAGGUACAAAUCCAACUUGGCUUUGUUUGUAUUUCCCUUGCUAUCACAUAGGAAUCUGCCUUAGACCAACGCAGACCACUGAUCGGUGAGACUCAGCACUGGCUGGUAGCAGUUCUCCAGGGUUUCAGGCAGGAUUCAGUGAUGGUCCUACUGGGAGACACCAGGGAUUGAACCUAAGACCUGUUGCAUGCAGACUUAUGCUGGGCCACAAUAUAUAUAUCACACGUUCCAAGAUGAUAUAGUUCCCCCAAGGCUCACACCACUUUCACUUCAUCAAGCAGGUCUUUAUUAAGUCCAAGAUCUCAGCUCCUUCCUUGUUCCUUUGGCAGGUUGAUCAGGAAGGCAAAAAUUUAUUAGACGUUUGAUUGUUAGCAGAUUCCAGGGCAGUUGAAGUCCUCCAUUACAACCAUCAUAUUCUCUUUUUGUAAUCUGUUGUAGAAAAUCAUCACCCACAUUUCCCACUUGGCUGGGUAAUUUGUAGUAUGCUGCCACAAUGAUGCCACUUUUGUUUUUCUCUCCUUUUAUCCUUACCCAGAUGCUUUCAACAGAGCUUCCACUCUCAGAUUCAUGGAUUUCUGUGCAGGUGUGUGUGCUUGUGUCUGUGUCCCUUUCCCUUUCUGGACUCUAUUCCUUUAGAACAAGAUACUGCCAUCACUUCUAACAUCCAUUCACAAGCCUCGUCCCAUCAAGUGUCAAUGAGACCUAUUGGGUCAACUUACCUGCCUGUAUUAUGGUAUUAAAAUCAUCCUGUUAGUUUCCCAUACUGCUGUGUGCUGGUUAGUACAUAGACUUUGAAAUCUAUGGGUGCUGCACCCUCUCAGUUUUCGUGCUGUAUUUACUGGAAAGUUGCUAGGCAUCACCUUCAUUGCCCUGUGUUUUCCUUUCUUGUCUCUCAUACAUGGCUCAGUUCUUAUCUCUGGGCUUUGGGUUCCCUUCCCUGCAGGGUUAGUUUAAAGUCCACAUGAUGAGGCUUGUGGGGCUCCUGCCAAACACAUCUCCCCCAUCCUCAUGAGUUGUACCCCAUCUCUUACCAGAAAUUCAUCAUUUGGGUAGCACUGGCUGUGGCCCAAGGAACCAGACCUUUCCUGAUGAUCAGCAGGAAUGGAAGACAAUUGUUGGAUUUGAUGAGUCUCUGCAUCCUCUCUGUUGUGUCUUGGAGGGCAGCACCACUCUUGAGAUAACAUGUCAUGUCUGCACUCAGCUGUGUCUGUCUCUGGGGAAUCUCUUGUUCAGAGGAACAAACUGAAAAAUUCCAUAGAAUAUAUGAGUAAACACUGGGAUGUGACUUGGUUAGCAUUCUCAACCCUGACUUACGAAAUUUAAAGGGAGAGCCUUUCAAGAACACUGUGAAGUACUUCCUAAUUUUAUCUGUAAUAUUAUGUUCUUUAUGUAAACUUGCAUCAGUUAUUUUUGUUUUUGGAAGACAUCUCAAUGGAAAAUCUCUUUUGCAGGCUUUGGGAGAAUCUUUAGGACAAGGGGAUGACCAUAAAGACAUGGAUAUCAUAACCAAAUUCUUGAAGGUAAGUAGCCUAACAAGCAAGAACCUCUGGCCUGUAAGCAAUCAUGGCUGGGGCAUCAUCAUUUUCUAGGACUAUUCUAUUACAUGGAAAAUGUUGAUUCAUUUAUAGUAUGAUAUAAUAAUAAUUAAUAAUUUAUUGUUUAUACCCCGCCCAUCUGGCUGGGAAAUAAUUACAACCCAAUCAGAUACAUAUCUCUCUAUCCAGAAUUAACUAACAUUGCAAGUACUAUUUCUUUGUAAGUAAAUGAAUGGGGUUGCAGCUUUAGUUUAUGGACACUGUUCAUAUUUAGCCACUGUGUGGCAGUGUGGCUUAAAUUUGUUUGUCAUCUUCAGUUUCUUCUUGGAGUCUGGGCUAAGGAGUUGAACGCCAGAGAAGAUUAUGUAAAACGUGGUGUACAAGGCAAACUAAACAGCGCCACUCAGAAGCAGACAGAAUCAUACCUGAGACCUCUGUUCAGAAAACUUCGGAAAAGGGUAACUUCAGCAACACACUAUCUUAAGUCUUCUACUAAAUUUAGGCAUGAAUGUUUUACCAGCAGACAAUUCUUACCCUCCGUUCCACACUUUGUUUACAAUCUAGCUUGAUGAUGAGAACUCAGAAUCUCACACUGUUUUGUGAUGUUUUGAUUGACCUAAUAAAGGUUUUGCCGUAUUAGGGAUUCUGGAAUUAAGCAAGACUGCUUUUCAGUCACCCUUUUCUAACUGUGUAGCACAGUGGAGGGGAAUUUCCAGCCUGUGAGCCAAAGUUGGCCUAUAAGCCUCACCAUUGGGCUUCCAGGCUGUUUUGGCUAAGCCAUGCUCAACUGCCCUACAUCUGAUGCCAUGUGUGAUGUCAGGUAUGAGGCAGGAAAGGUUGGGACUUGGCCUAAAAGGGCUUUACUCAGUGUGUUCCAAAUGGGGAACAACCAGCUGAUUUUCGGGCACUUUGUAAGCCCUGUGCUCAACCCUAGUGAAGUGCUGAGCACAGGGAUUGCAAAGGGCCCAACAACCAGCUGAUUGCUGUGCUUCUGGGGUGUCACUGUGACAUCAGGUGCUCCCACACACCUGUCACAGUUGGCCGGUGGAGUGGGGAGGGGAUAAAGAUCUGACCCCUGGGGCCAAAAUGCUUCCCCACCCCUCAUGGAGUGUGUGCAGUGACAUUUUCUUUUUCACAGACGGAGGAAGUGAAACAGACUGCUAAUCUGUACAAUACCAGGGGAUGAGAUAAAUACCUUUCUGGAUCUUCUACUUUAGAUCCACUGACAUGGCCAUUUUUUAAUUUGCCAGUUUUCUUUCUAGUCUUAGUUAACAUUCACUUUUACAACAUGUCUGCCUGUGCACAAGAUCAAGACAGUAAUUCCUUUUUUAUAGAUAGAAAUUAAGGUUGAUUUGCAGUAACCCACAGGAAGUCACAUAGAAAUCCAUGGAAGAGGAGUAGAGAUGUGAAACCUUUCUUCGAGCCAAACUCAGCUCUCUUGUUAGUCACACUAGUGUUGAACUCACCACACUGUGGAAAACAGGAUACAGAAGCUUUGUGGAGCAGCACAGUUCGCAAUGGCAGGGGAGAAGGCAGGAAGACUAACAGUAGGUGGAGCCAGUCAGUGACAGGCAGAUCCACCCCGUGACUGGCGGCAUGGAAGAAGGCGGGCACGGGCAAGGGAUUGGCGGAGGGAAGACAGAUGGGUGAGGCUGUUGUCGUUUAGUCAUGUCCGACUCUUCGUGACCCCCUGGACCAGAGCACGCCAGGCACUCCUGUCUUCCACUGCCUCCUGCAGUUUGGUCAAACUCAUGUUGGUAGCUUCGAGAACACUGUCCAACCAUCUCGUCCUCUGUCGUCCACUUCUCCUUGUGCCCUCCAUCUUUCCCAACAUCAGGGCCUUUUCAAGGGAGUCUUCUCUUCUCAUGAAGUGGCCAAAGUAUUGGAGCCUCAGCUUCAGGAUCUGUCCUUCCAGUGAGCACUCAGGGCUGAUUUCUUUCAGAAUGGAUAGGUUUGAUCUUCCUGCAGUCCAUGGGACUCUCAAGAGUCUCCUCCAGCACCAUAAUUCAAAAGCAUCAAUUCUUCGGCAAUCAGCCUUCUUUAUGGUCCAGCUCUCACUUCCAUACAUCACUACUGGGAAAACCAUAGCUUUAACUAUACGGACCUUUGUCGGCAAGGUGAUGUCUCUGCUUUUUAAGAUGCUUUCUAGGUUUGUCAUUGCUUUUCUCCCAAGGAGCAGGCGUCUUUUAAUUUCGUGGCUGCUGUCACCAUCUGCAAUGAUCAUGGAGCCCAAGAAAGUAAAAUCUCUCACUGCCUCCAUUUCUUCCCCUACUAUUUGCCAGGAGGUGAUGGGACCAGUGGCCAUGAUCUUCGUUUUUUUGAUGUUGAGCUUCAGACCAUAUUUUGUGCUCUCCUCUUUCACCCUCAUUAAAAGGUUCUUUAAUUCCUCCUCACUUUCUGCCAUCAAGUUUGUGUCAUCUGCAUAUCUGAGGUUGUUGAUAUUUCUUCCGGCAAUCUUAAUUCCGGCUAGGGAUUCAUCCCGCCCAGCCUUUCGCAUGAUGAAUUCUGCAUAUAAGUUAAAUAAGCAGGGAGACCCCUCAUUUAUCCUAGUGGAUUAGCUUCCAGUGCUCAUGUUUUUCUCUCCAAGGAUAGUGAAGCAGAGCCAUGAGGACACUCAGCGCAUGGCAACAGUGAGCUGCCUGCCUCUGCCACUCAGAUUCUCUUAGCCUGGAGCAGAGCUGGAGCACGACGGGAGUGGUGGCUGAGUUGGUGGGGUGGCUGGGAAAAGCAAGGAGAAACAGUACUCUAGACAAAGCAAAUUAGUGGGAUUGGCUGCUUCCCUGCAGAUUUGCAAAUAUAUAAAAGCUCCUGUAAGUCUGAACCCUCCACUCAUACGCAAAGGUGUGUUCUUUGUCGCAGCAUAAUUACCCACUUGAGGUCAAGCUUCUCUAAUUCUGGUCUGUCUCUGGAUCAGGUGUGAUUGGCUUUUGCAGCCACUUGCUUUCAAAGGAACUGCCAUGCUGCUCUGGAAGUGUGCCUGCCUCAGUCACUCGGGCACAAACAAAGGGGCUGGGUUUCUCUCAGGCUGGCUAGUUCUUACUGUCUCCAAAAGUAAGCGUUUUUGGCUGUGAGGGUUGAUCUUGUCUGUGGUCUUAUUUAAGAUAUAGUGUGCUAUGAGAAUCACGAGUUUCGUUGCCUACUUGAUAUUUGCUGUUUUGUCUUUAGAAUAUCCCUGCUGACAUCAAGGAAUCAAUAACGGACAUUAUCAAGUUCAUGCUGCAAAGGGAGUAUGUGAAGGUACUGAACUUUUACAGAGUCGAUGAUAUUUGUGUUUUGUGGCGUAAUUGGCUUGAGGCAGGUGCAGGCCAGACCUUCAUCUUCCAUCACUCCCUCGAGCAAAAAAUAAACAAAUUGAUGGGGGGUGGCGCAUCUACCUCUCGAUCACCUGGUGUCACAGUGAUGUGAAGUGACAUUUGAAGCCCCAACAAUUAGGUGACUGUUGGGACUUCAAAGCACCAUUGAUCAGUGGGGCUUCAAAGUCCAGCCCAGGACUCCUUGCAAAGAACCCUUCACUGUGCUUUGUAGCCCCCACAAUCAGCUGAUCGUCAGCACUUCAAAUCACUGUGCAGGGCUCUUUGGAAGCUGAUUGGCAAUGCUUCUGAAGCCCCUUUUGGCCUAGCCCAGCUGUAUUUUUAACCACUUGCAUCUGAUGUCAUAUGGGACUUCGGACGAUUGGCGACUAAGUGUGACUUUGCCAAAUGGCCUGGGGGGCCUAAUUAGGUCUCGUGUUGGAGGUUCCCCACCACUGCAUUAAGGGAUGUGAAAGUCUCUCUAGCUUAACCCUUCAGAGAAAUAUUAUUAGCUCUAAUAAGCAUAGAAAUGCAGGUUCAAACAUGUAUAAGUUGUUGUUUAGACCUUUAGGUGCAGGGAUGGGAGAACAUAUUGCAUUGUAUGAUUCUUUGAGACUUGGACCGGCUAACAUUCAGGUUUGCAUGUGGACAUUGUCAGACACUGACUGGGCAGGGUGGGUUAAUCACAUAACGCUGCCCAAGCUUCUGAAAAGUUCUGUUCUGUGUUGAUUAAUUAGAUCUGGGGAAUGCUGUAUUUUAUAGUGGUUUUUUGUGUUUUGUUUUAAACUGAUCUAGUAAGAUUUUUACUGUUUCAAGAAAUGCUAAUUUUGGUGCCUUGUCAGUGAAAGUAAUAAUUAUUGUGAAGCCAUUUUGCAUAAAGCUUGUAAGCAUGAGGACUGCAGGUGUGCUCUGGCCUGUGGCUCUAGAACUAUUAGCCACAAAAUCUGAAGAUGGGGCUCUUGGCAUUCUUUUAGCUAUCCCUGCAGGCUCUGUGCCUCCCCUGGUGCCUUUUGCCUUGUCCGUCAGUUGCCUGCCUUUAUUUCUGCAGGCUAACGAUGCCUAUCUGCAGAUGGCCAUUGGGAACGCGCCCUGGCCUAUCGGCGUCACUAUGGUGGGCAUCCAUGCGCGAACUGGUCGAGAGAAGAUUUUCUCAAAGCACGUGGCUCACGUUCUGAAUGAUGAAACUCAGAGGAAAUACAUCCAGGUGAGAUAAAGAGUGGUGGAUCCAUUGUCCGGAGAGUCACUUUCUUUAGUCUUAAGCAUUCAGCAUUUGUAAGCACAAACAGGAGGCUUAAACCUGCCCCGUUCGGCCCCGGGGCUGCAACUCUCCUGCGUCUGGUCUUGGUUACCAGCAUGCCAUUCUUGUAUUUAUCUCUGCAGGGCUUGAAGAGGCUGAUGACCAUUUGCCAGAAACAUUUCCCUACCGACCCAUCCAAAUGUGUGGAGUACAAUGCGCUGUGACAAUGUGGAUACGCAGGUUAUGAGAGAAGAAAGCAGUCUCUAUGAAAUGCUCUCAGUUUGGGAACUGGAGUGAGCUGGGGUGGGAGAAGAAAGGCGUGCGGCUUUACUGAGGCUCAGUCGCACAGAUCACAUUCAUUUUGUCUUUUGAUGAACCUUUAUGUCUUCUUCAAGUCCUGGGCUGGAACAUGUUGCCGGCUUGUCUCGCUAGCUUGAGGACAAGUUUGUAUAUGUGUGUGUUUCCUUUAAUUUUUAUCAGAGCAAAAGUUCAGUUCUACCUUGCCUUUUAGAUUUUGAGCCUCCUUGCUUUAUAAGGACUGAUUUCAUCACAGUUUUGAAACAUGAGUUGUAUUUAUCAUUGUACAUAGGACCAUUUAAUUUCUUGUUACUUCAUUUAUAGGAAAAAUAUAUUUCUAAGAAAUGCACCCAAGCUUUUGAUUGAUUCAUUGAUUUUUGUAUCAGAAAUUAUUUUUCAUGAUUGUCACCAGGACACUUAACUCCACACUGUGGUGUGAGAACUUUAGGGUGAACAGAACUGGUCCAGCUAAACUGGUAUCCUGCUACCUCUGUCUUUGUGCAUUAUGACUUCGUUAUCUUAUAAAAUGCUAUCUUGUCUUUGGGGGGGGAGUCUGGAGGAAUUUUCUGGCACCAAAAUUUGAACAAUAAUUUGUAGGAUCAUGAUAAUCACACUGUUAAAUAACAGGUAAAAGGAAAAGAUCUUUCAGAGAACCCUUCUCCGACUUUCACCAGGAGCAGGGCCAGCGGUGCACUCUUCCUGGCGCCCGUGUGCCAGCCCUGUUUCCCUUUCCCACAGGUGAAAUCCCCAAUGGAGAAUGAAUCACGAGCGACAGUGGGUUUUUCUUUUGGGAAAACAGGUUGCAAACAGACUUUAUUGUAACAGAUCUGAAGAAGGAGUUUUGGUUCUUCCUCUUCCACAGAAAUGUAACAAACAGUGCUGUUGCUUUUUAUUAAAACGUAAACUGUCUCAAGUUAUAGGCUGUAUGCUGUUCGGGCUUAAGGUUACUUUCUUCUACGCAUUUUCCAUAGAUCAGACUUCUCCACUCCCACUUCAGGAACGGCGGCUUUUAACUGGACUGUUUCCCUGCAGACCCCAAAUCCUCCUUGGCCUCAGAACCACCGUUGCCCUUUCCUGUCAGAGGACCCAUUUCCCCGCAAAACACCGUGUGGGACUGUGCCUUGCCUAUUUUAACCGGGGUCUGCAUCUUCGCUCUCCUCACCCCCUCACAGACCCCAGGAAUCUCCCUCCACUCCGCCUCCCUUGCAACUCUGGUCAGUUAACUCUUUGCUGGCAGGGGGAGAAACACUCGGGGACUCAACCUGCUCAGUAAACAAACUUUUCCGUCACACAGGGAUAAGUUGUAAAGAUUUCUUUGUUACCACUAAAUAAUGGAAGUUUGAAUACUCCUGAAGUAGUUUAUCAUUAUUUUUAAUGCCAUCAUACAUGUGAAUAGCACUUUAUAGAACUGCAGUAAAAUGACAGUUCUCUGCUCCUACCAUCUGACAUUUGACCCAAGGAGAGGUGAAAGAGAGACUGGGAGGGAAGGUGGAGAGGACUGUCAAGAUGGUGAAGAAUGCAUCCCGUUUGGUUGCACGCUCUUAAGAUGACAGAUUUAGAAACAAAAGCAAAAUAUUUGUACCAUGAAUAAAGCAUCAACUAACUAUACUUUCCAGACACAGUUUUCAGCAAGAAACUAAUCCAUUUUAAGUGAAAAUGUUCAUUUUAACUAGAGAUAUGGACUGGAACAUGAUUAUCUUUGGGAUUACAUGUUUCUCUGAACGUUGUGGUACCCGGAUGGAUUCACCAACUCGGUGUGUUAGUGGAAGCCAGCCCAAUGACUUCUGCUAGUGCAGCAGGGCUUUUGCAGCAGCCCUUGUCCCCUUGUGUACCCCUACAUCUCCCCCACAUUGCCCCAGAGGGUCAGGAGAAGCCCCAGAACAAUGCAUGGUGGGGGGAGAAGGGUGCUCAUUUCAUCCGGUGAGUAGAAAUGCUUUUACUGGAAGAAUAAUGGUAAUAGUGUGGUGCUGAAUUCAAUUUUUUCUCAAAAAAUAGCAGAAUUGUGUAUUUUAAGAUAAAGUAAAUUUAGGAAGGCAUACAUUGAGAUAAAAUAUGUACAAGAUGGGAGCAGCGGAAGAAAAAAUGUUAAAGUAAUUGUAUUAGAGGGAUUUCUGUAAGGUAAGAGUUUGAUAUAUAACACAGUAGAAAAGAGUUUGAACAAAAACACUCUGGAGGUGUGAGUGAGAAGUCAAUGCAUGAAGCAAUGCAACUAUUUAAUUUGAAGUCAGUUUCGUAAAAAAUAGGAAAUUCAAUAAAUUUAUAUAUAAAAGAUAAAGUAUUUACUUACAAAAUCUCUCUAAGGUAGUAUUUUGUGUGAAUUAGCAAUACACAGAUGAAUGCAACAAUGGAAUGGAAUGGAUUUAAGAAUGAAUAUGUGCAGAAUGAACAUUUACCUAAUAGUCCAGGUUGAUAAGCUCCGAGAUUAGGUCUUUCAAAACGGAUCUCAAAAGCAAGAGCAGAUUUAUAUGGAAGGAAAAAGUCAUUGAGGCAGUCAGGUUCAGCAGUUUGAGCUUAAUUAUACUUUUUAAUUCUUACUGUGUACAUGGUAGGGAUUGGGAGGUCAUUUUCAGGACAUAGGCUGCGAUGAAAACAUUGAGUAAGUGUUUAGUGUUCAGCUUGCAGAAAAAUAUGAAAAUGUAAGUUCUGAGGGUGCAUUCAACAGCACUUUUAAUGCCUUUAAUUUAAUUCAGUGCCUGCCUUAUUUGAUGUGAGGGCUAACAUAACACAUGAAAUGUCUACACCAGCUGUUCCUUGGCAUCCAUAAUGUUCAUGCAGAUAACAAUGCUAACCAUGCUAAUUGCAAAUAGCUAAAGUAUGCAGAUUAGCCAAGGUUCUCUGGUCCAUGACGUUUCCAUUACAGCUCUGAAGCUGAAUGAAUUUGUGACAGUUUACGGAACAGUAUCCACAUUGACUUCCAAGUAUGUGUCUUGCAGCUUAAAUUCUUCAAAUGUACAUCAGUUUUGUUCAGAAUAAUGGUAUUAAGACUGUGUUUCCCAUAUUUCUGAUAGUUCAGGCAACCUUUUCUUUAAAAUGGAGACAAAGCCACUCUUAUUGCAGAAAAUGUUUAUUUUUAAUAAUUAGGAGUAAAACUGGCUGCUUUUAGAGGAGCCCAUUCCUUGUGUGCUGUGCACUGACCACGAAUACAAGCAUGACUCCCAAAUGGCAGGAAGCGUGCCCAGAACAGUAACUCAUCCAGAGACGCAGGAAGCAGCCUCCUUGAAGGUGUGCACCUCUGCUGUGCUUUCACUUGGAGAGACUUGGAACAAUACUAUUACCUCUGAAGCAAGAAGCACAGUACACUUUCCUCCCUCUCUCCUUUCACAGAGGUUGAUAGGAAAGACCUAAGUCCACAACAUUUAAUCUUUCAAGGACACCAGGCAGCCUCUCUUGUGUGGGUGGAUACUUUGACCUCAUGGGCACUUCGGAUUAUUUAAUAACAACUUGGGACAUUAGGAAUUACUGUGUGAGGGACGGUUAUUUAGGACCACUUGAAUACUUGAGAUUUUAUUGCUGUGUAUGGCUGGAAGAUAAAGUGUAGGAGGUUCUUAAUUUGUAAAUAUGUAGGUGCUUUGGUCUCUGAAUACUGUAUUGAUAGUUCAGGUGCACUCUUCUCUUUCAGGAUGGUUGAAACUGUCUUAGUUCAUUUGACAAACUUCUGGAAGUCUCUCUCAGCUCAGAUUCUUGCAUGCACUGAAGUUGGCAGGGUUUUCAUGGGGUUUGAUCCUGUUGUACCUUAUGAACAAUUCAAGUUCUGCCAGUUCAGGAUAUUUUCAUCUUUAGGAAACUGAAUAAGCAGCAAAUAAAACAUAUUUGCAUUUUUUA